GCUGUAGUCAUUGGCCGGCGGCAGGUUUGUAACCAGGGGAACUGCAAACACUGUCGGGGCUGCUUCCGGUCCAAGAACCCGGAACCGCCGCUGCUUAGGGAUGGAGGAAUACAAGGAUGCCCUGCAAAAUUAUCACAGGGACUGGAGCUCAGAAUUGGUAGCAGGUCACACUCUGCGAAAAGCUGGAAGAAGCAGAUCCUGUUCACGGGAAAAAAAGGAGGGUUAUACUAAAGACAUGGUGACAGACUUUGAUGAGAAACAUGAUGAGUAUUUAAUAUUGCUUCAGCAGAGAAAUCGGAUAUUAAAGCAUUUGAAAACCAAGGACCCCAUGCAACUAAGACUAGAGCAUUUAGAACAAGGAUUUUCUGUUUAUGUCAAUGGAGCCAAUUCAGAGUUGAAAACCUCUCCAAGAAAGGCUAUUCUUCCAGAUUUCCCCAGAAGUGCUUCACACACAGAAGGGGCACAUGAUUCUGGAAGGAGACCUUUAUUUAGAGAAACAGAAGAAGCACUAAGACGUGGUUCACGGACAGCACCUUGCAAAGUUCAGCGCAAAGGAUGGCACCAGAAGUCUGUACAGAUUAGAACCGAAGCUGGACCUCGACUCUACCUUGACCCCCCUCCUGACUCUACAGAAGACUUUGAAAGAAAUCAGCAUGUGAACAUUAAGACAAAGGAUUACCCUAGAGACUUCUCCCAGAAUCCCAGUUAUCCCACCAACAGCACUCCCUGUGAUUUUAAUUUCUCCCUUCUGAAUAUACAUGGACAAUCAGACUCCCACAGCGAUGCAGACAAAGAAAGGAUACUUUUAACUAUUCAAGAUGUAACGGAGCUGAGAAAAAGCCUGGAGCUUAGUGUAAAUCUACAGAAAAAAGAAAAAGACUGUUCCUAUGAAGAUUAUGAUUCUAUUGAAGAGGACUUACUCACAGAACAGGUGCCAGAGGAUAAGACUCUAGACUCUUCUGGAGAUGACCUUCCACUUUCUGGAAGUGACUCUGUCCUGGAAGAAGCUCCCAAGGAUCAGGAGGAGAAGGGAUUCAGUACUGAAUGCUCAGACACACUCAUUGUACUGGAAUUUAAUCCAGCUUCCAAAAAUAAAAGGGAAAGAAAUCUGUCUGCCAGGCGCAAGGAGAAUGCUGAGCUCUUUAUUCCAACCAAGCCAGACACAGCUCAAGGUCGAGGAGAUCGCCAGCAGUGUGCUGCUUUGCAGGACCAAGAGAAAUCCUACUCUAGUAAGGGAUCCAAACACUACUCAAAGCCAGCUGAACCUGGUCUCCCUCCAGGACCAGGAAGCCGAAAAGAGAGGCCUCUGUCUGCUACCCGAAAGAACAUAUAUAAGGAUGAAGACCCUGAAGAGGAUGCCUCCGCUGUCCUCAAAGCUAUACAAGCUGAAAAUGAAACCUUACAAAAGGAAAUCCUUAGCAGAAAGGCAGACACUCUGGCUAGCCAACAAAAGGAAGAGGAAGAUUCACCAGUGAAACCUUGGGCUAGUCUUCUGAAAGAAGUAGAAGAAUUCCCUUUUACUGCCCUUAAUGUGCCUCCUCCUGGCCUUUCCAUAGCCACUGUUGUUGUACCUGAACCAUCUGAAACUGCAGGGGGUACAAAUGCAGUCACGGAAGCAAUAGAAAGAAUUGGUCUUCUGGGAAGCAGGCAACAGAAGAAGCUUUUGAAAGUCCUUCAGGCGAUUGAAAAUGACCCUGCUCAUCUCAGUCACAUAGCACCUGAGGAACCUGUAUUGGAUCUUGAGGCUACAUUGAGAACCAAAGUAGAAGAGAUCAAAGAUGCCAUUUAUGUAACUAUGGAAAUCCUGUCCAACUGGGGAAAUGAGGUCUGUGUGGGUCUGACAGAAGUUGAAUUCUUUGACCUCAACAAUGGAAAGAUGUUUGUGUCACCUCAUGAUGUAGAUAUCCGAAAUACUGACAAGCCUGGGGACCUGAGCUGCCUCGUCAAUAGAAACCUGACUAGUACUAAAGAGCUCUCUUUGUGGACCUGCCCUUUCUACCCUCCAGUUCAGCUUUUCUUUAUCAUCCGCAACACUAGACAAUCCUAUGAAUUUGGCAUCUCCAAAAUCAAGCUUUGGAAUUACUGGACAACUUACAGUGAUCUUGACAUAGGUGCAAAAAAAGUGAAGCUUUAUGUCAACGAAAACCUUGUAUUUGAUGGAGAGUUAGAAAAAGGCAGUGGAGAGCGGGUUGCUGAUUGUAGCACCAUAGUUGACCUUAAAAAUGAUGGACAGGAGAACUCUGCUAAUCCUGAUAUGGAAGAAAGCAAAGACACAUGCAGGACUAUUGGCACAGAUGGUGACAAGGAAUUCGGUUUCAAUUAUUCACAGCCAGAUGGAACCUCAUCACAUUUGAAGGCCUCCUUGCAUGGAAAUAUCUUUGGUAUAAAGAUGAACUCUACUAAUUGCACCAAGGACAAUUUGUCUGAGUUAGAGGAGGACUUGAAAGUGUUAUCUGCUCCUGUCUCCAUGGCUGAUGUACCAAGUGACCCUCCAGAAUCCUCUCUUGUGAAAUACCCUUCUGAUGAUGAACUCAGCGUAACAGAGCAAUUAGAAAAACUCACAGGCAGAAAAAUCUCUCAGCCUCUUAGUAAAACCCCACCUUGGUUACAGUCUUUUUCCAAAAUGAAAGAUAAGAAGCCAGAAGGCAAGAAACAGAAACCUCCUUGGCUAAGUCCAGAGGAGCCUCUUGAUUUAAAAGUCAAAAUACAACCAGAUGACAUCGCUAAAGAAUUUCCUGAAGAAAAUGAGGAAAAUGACAAAUGCCUACGACGGGAACAAGGACGAGCCGGUAGCCGCAGCGCCAUUGCAAGUGACAGGCUACAGGCAAGAACUGAGAAAGGGGACAUUGAUGACUUAGACAUUUUUGACCUACUUUCAAAUAAGGAUCGCUAUGGCCCGGAGCGCCCUAUCAGUGGGAGGAGGAGUUCCAGAAAGGAUGCUUUCAACAGUAAUCAUGGAGAUGAAGGUCUGACCAGUAAAGAGGACACCUUUCCCAUCAUAUCUACAAAGAUGACUCGAUCCAGGUGGCACAGUGAACAAGAACACACUCUACAGGAGUCCUGGAACUCCCUCACUGCCUUCAAUCGUUCUCACCGGGGUCGCAUAUCCAACAUGGAAUUUCAGGGUGAUAUCUUUGAUGAAUUCCUGCAGCAGCAGAAGAUUAGUAGACAUGGGGAACAACUAUCAGCGACAAAGGAAGGAAAACAGGAGUUAUUGAAAGGGCAGGAAGAUUAUUCCAUGGAUACGGACGAUGAGAGUGAUUUUAAAAUUCCGGUGUUGCCUCAUGGACAACACUUAGUUAUUGACAUCAAAUCAACCUGGGGAGACAGACACUAUGUUGGCCUUAAUGGAAUUGAAAUUUUUAGCUCCAAAGGAGAGCCUGUCCAAAUUUCUAACAUAAAAGCCGAACCUCCUGACAUUAACAUUUUACCAGUCUAUGGCAAAGAUCCUCGUGUAGUCACCAACCUCACUGAUGGUGUGCAUAGGACCCAAGAUGAUAUGCAUCUUUGGUUGGCCCCCUUUACCCCUGGCAAAUCUCAUUAUAUUUAUAUUGACUUUGUACAUCCUUGCCAAGUUGCCAUGAUUAGAGUUUGGAAUUAUAAUAAGUCACGGAUACAUUCUUUUCGUGGAGUAAAAGAUAUCAUAAUGUUAUUAGAUGAACAGUGCAUAUUUAAAGGAGAAAUUGCCAAGGCUUCAGGAACACUAACAGGAGCCCCAGAGCAUUUUGGAGACACUAUAUUAUUCACAACUGAUGAUGACAUUCUUGAGGCCAUAUUCUGUGCUGAUGAGACAUUUGAUGUUGAUGUUGAAACCCUGUGCAAUAUGAGAUAUGAGGAAGAAUUCAAAAGACCACAGACCGCGGAUGGGGAGGGUGAUGAAAGGCCAUUCACCCAAGCUGGCGUACGUAUAGAUGAUCAGGCUCAAGAGCAAGAGUUGGUCUCAAGUCCUCCUUUGCUUGAGUUGACAACCCCUGAGCCAGGAGUUUACAGUGGGAUGUGCCUUCAACUUAAUUUCACAGCCUCUUGGGGUGACAUGCAUUACCUAGGGCUGACAGGACUUGAGGUGGUAGGAAAAGAUGGUCAGUCUUUGCCAAUUACAUUGGAUAAGAUGUCUGCCUCACCCAGUGAUUUAAAUGACCUUCCUGAAUACACUGAUGAUUCCAGGACCUUAGAUAAGUUAAUAGAUGGGACUAACAUCACAGUAGAAGAUGAGCACAUGUGGCUGAUCCCCUUCUCUCCUGGGGAGGAUCACCUGAUCACAAUCUAUUUUGAUAAAGCUGAAAACAUUGUGGGACUGCGCUUUUGGAACUAUAAUAAAUCUCCCGAGGACACCUAUCGAGGGGCCAAAGUCGUGCACGUGCUCCUGGAUGGCCAGCAUGUCUCCCCACCAGCGGGCUUCCUUGUCCGCAAAGGGCCAGGCCACUGUCACUUUGAUUUCGCUCAAGAAAUUCUCUUCAUUGACUAUUUACAGCCCCAGACAGCGACGAGACCAUCAAGGAGGAUUGACUUAAGGAAUACAGAGCAAGCUAGCAUGGACUAUGAGGCCCCAAUAAUGCCAUGCGGCUUCAUCUUCCAGUUUCAACUGCUCACCAGCUGGGGUGAUCCGUAUUACAUCGGCCUGAAUGGACUGGAGCUGUAUGAUGAACACGGAGAAAGAAUUUCUUUGACUGAAAACAAUAUUGCUGCUUUCCCAGACAGUGUGAAUACCCUCGAGGGGGUAUGUGGAGAUGUCCGAACUCCAGACAAGCUCAUUGACCAAGUGAAUGACACCAGUGAUGGCAGACACAUGUGGCUGGCCCCAAUUCUCCCUGGCUUGGUGAAUCGAGUUUACGUGAUCUUUGAUCUGCCUACCACCGUGUCUAUGAUCAAAUUGUGGAAUUAUGCAAAAACUCCCCAUCGAGGAGUAAAGGAAUUCGGACUUCUUGUUGACGACCUAUUGGUGUACAAUGGAAUCCUGGACAUGGUCAGCCAUGUGGUACAUGGCAUCCUGCCCACCUGUGAUCCCAUAGUCCCCUACCACACCAUUCUCUUUACAGAGGAUGAGGAGAUCUGUCACCGAGAGAAGUACACCAUUAUCAGUAAUCAUGUUGAGGAUCAGGAUGUCCGGAUGAUGAAUGAAAAUCAAAUUGUUACCAACUCCAAAAAGAAGCAAACGACUGCUGACCCAGCUUUACGCCCCAAGACCUGCAUAAGCGAGAAAGAAACGGUGAGGAGAAGAAGGUACUGACAGAUUGAGGAGUGAAAACAGUGUGGUCUAGCCGGCUCUUUGCUUUGACACCCCAGGACUCCCCCCAGCAGAGAUGCUUCCACUCACAGCCCAGGGGAAGGUUUAUUGAUGGAUGUUAAAUUCAGGGCAAAAUGUUGCCCUCCCUUUGCAUUUGGGUCUGGUACUUUGCCAACUGGAAAUCCAGGAGAGAUAUGAACUGAGUUCCAGUUAACACCACCAAUCAAGAGGGGGCUGGGAAAACAGUCAGUAUGGAUUGGAGUCUGUUUUGGGAUGGGGGAAAAGAGAUUCAGAGGUUAAAUUGCUUGGAAAAAAAUACAGACAUUGCUGUAUACAAACCUGGAGGACAAAGGGCCAUUUGAACUGUAUUUUUCUAAAGGAUUUGGGGGUUUUUUGGUUGUUUUUUUUCACUUGCCAUUCUACCGAGUUCCUCUCCUGCUCUCUCUGAGGCCUCUCCUGGGUACCUUGUCAGGCUCAGGCAGCUGCAGGAAAAGCCCGUUUAAAGUCUAUAAUGGGAAAUUGGCCUACAGGGAAAAGAGAAGAAAGCACCAAUAUGAACAAGAGAGCAUCUCCCCCCAGCAUGUGGUCCAUCCCUCAGAGUGUGAGCUUAACAGUUACAGGAAAGAGUCUGGGGCCACAGCCAAGGGCCAGCUCACUGCUGGGUGGGGAGGGACUUAGAGAUGACUGAAGGAAGCUGUGCCUCCCCACUCCUGCUCCAGCAACCCAUGUGGGAGACAUGGUGCAAUCAGGUAGAGGAUGGGACCUUUACUGUUAAACUCACUCCCCCUUUCAUUAUUUGGUGGGACAGUUUGGGAGCAAAGAAUGGAACAUCUCCUGCUCAUACCCAUGGAGAUGUUCACGGAGAGCACUUAUUUCAUACACACUCUCAUCUUUCCAUCAUUCCUCCCAAAUUCUUGGUGGAAGGGGGUCCUAGGGAAAGCUGCUCAAAAUGAGAAGCAUCUCUAGCCUUUCUGUGCACACACGUGCAUACAUAUGUGCAUGCACACGCGCGCGCACACACACACACACACACACACACACAGUACUUGGGUCUUAACCAUCGCUUAACUCUCCAGGCUGAAUCCCAAAGAAGGAAAGUACAUCAUCUUAGGUGUCAGAUAAAGAGGGAAAUUCCCUUGCAAAGAGGCAAAUGGAAGAGAACCUGGAGGUUGCCUGGGUCCUCAUAUUUCCCUGAACUUUGGCCCCGCGGAUACAGACCAGCCUUGGCUGGAGGCGAGAAGGCCGGAGGCUACAUUGACCUCCCAGAGCCUAGUGCAGCUCCCUAGUUGGUGUAUGUCCAGAAAGAGGAUUCCACCUUGGCCCAUCACUGCCCCUGACGCAGAAGUCCCAUAGAUCGGCCCAAAAGCCAAGUUCCUCACUUCAAAGAGGAAGCCCAAGGUUAGUGGCAUUGUGUCCCAGGAGAGGUGGGCUGAGACCCAGGGAAGCUGCAGAGCUGCCAGUGAUUUUCCCUGUGGGGUAGCAUAGAACACCUCAGAUUCCUGGUGAAGAGCAAAUGUUGGUUUUCAGCAUUUCCCUCAAAAAAUGGGAUAUUGCCGUCUCAUUUACCGCUGCCUGGGUCCCCUGCACUUUGAUCUGCCAAGGGCUCACCCAGGUUAUAUUCCUGCAGGUUCUCUGAAGGAUAAAACCCUAGGACUCUUUGAACACUUUGAAACAUUUAGACUUAGAGUAUCAGGUCCUUCCUGCAUAAUGGUCUCAGCUGCUGUUUGCACCAGCACCUUCAGUGCUACCCUUCCCCCUUUAGUGGCCCCACCCACCCCACAGUGGGGAACAAGCCAGCCUCAACCCCUGUGCCGUGAGCUGUUCAAAACACAUCUUCUUCCAUCUACAUACCAAGUUCUUAUCAGGGAACUAAUUGGUUUCCCAGUGGUGGGUAAUUCUUGUUCCAAAUAUUAAUCUGUUGUCUUUCUGGCGCCCAGCCCAGAGACAGCCCGUGUACUGUAAGUAUGUUACUAUGCAACAGAAAACCUGAACAAAUAUUUUACAAGAUUUGCAGAUUAAACGUAAGCAGCUAUGCAAAUGGGCUUUCCAUUUGUAACUUGUGGGGGAUCUCAAGAUCAGGAUUUGCCCCUCCUGACCAAAACUUAGCAUUUACUCAGCUUUUAAACAGCCCAGCGGCUCUGCUCUUGGUGAGUGCUCCCAGUGUGUGGGAUAGUAUAAGAUCUGUCCUCCAUGUCCAAGCUCUUACAGGAGGGAAAAAUAGAAGGGUCAGAUGCAGCUUUUAGGUUAGCGAUCCCAAACCCUGCUGAGAAUGUAUGGGCAUCUGACAAAACUACAGAAAAAGAACAACAAACCACUCCAUGACCAGCCUAACACUUAAGCCAUGUGUAUGAGUCAGAAUUGUCUGUAUAAGUGCACAUGUGCACGUGUGUGCACACACACACACACACAGAGUCUGUCUCUGCUGAUAUUGCUAUAACUGUAUGGACCAUACAAAACUAGAAAAGGAUUGUACAGACAUUCAACUUCAAAGAGAUUUAUAUUAUUUUUUUUCCCAAAGUCAAUAAAAUA